GUUAUGUUUAUGUACAUAGGUCUUAGGUUAGGUACAUAAUUCAUUAGUUUUGUUGAAAUUUUAAAUAAUAUAAUUAUAAUAUUAUUAAUGAAGGACACAGAAUAGAUGAAUUUAAAUGGAAAUUCGAAAAUAUUGAAAAAUGCCAAUUGCACAUGAGUGUAUGAAUAAUAGGGGUUUGUCAAAAUGCUGUAAAUCUCGGUUAUACGUAGAUAUUCUUUUGACUGUUCUAAUAGUGUGAGAUAGGCAAAAUGGAAAAUCCUAUUAGGUCAUACAGUGUCAUCCAAAAGGCGAUGUUUGAUGAUGAAGGCGUUGCCACUAAUUCUUCUUCAGAACAGGCUGAAGUUGAGACUAUAAUAAAAAAGAUUUAUAGACACUUUGACUGUCUUGUGUAUCAAGACCCAAACCUACCAAAACUCAAUAAAAAGGUCCACAGCAAAAUUUUAAAGAGUUGGUUGAAGCAAUUACCUGUAAAUUACUCAUGCUUGGAUGCUAGCAGGCCCUGGCUUGUAUAUUGGAUACUCCAUGCUUUAUGGCUGUUGAAUGAUAUGCCUGAUUCAGAAAUAUUAUCAAGUAUUGUAAACUUUCUUGCCCACUGUCAAAACAAAGAUGGUGGCUAUGGUGGAGGACCUACACAAUAUUCUCAUUUAGGCACAACUUAUGCAGCAGUUAAUGCGCUAUGCAUCAUUGGAACCAAAGAGGCAUAUGAUUCAAUAAAUAGGUCUACCUUGCAGAAGUUUUUAUUAUCUGUAAAAGAAAGUGAUGGUUCAUUUUCACUGCAUAAGGGAGGUGAGCAGGACAUUAGGGGAGCAUAUUGUGCUAUUAGUGUGGCAAAGUUGACAAACAUUUACACUGACUUACUUUUUGACAAAACAACUGAAUGGAUAGUCAGCUGCCAGACAUAUGAAGGUGGUUUUAGUGGAUGUCCAGGAAUGGAGGCUCAUGGUGGCUAUGCCUUUUGCGGCAUUUCAUCAUUAGCAUUACUGAAUAAGACAAAGUUAUGUGACAUUGACGCUUUAUUAAGAUGGUGUGUUAAUCGCCAAAUGAGGUUGGAAGGAGGUUUUCAAGGCAGAACAAAUAAAUUAGUAGAUGGUUGCUAUUCAUUUUGGCAAGGUGCUGUAUUUCCAAUAGUAAGCGCUAUAUUGUCUCAAGGCAAACAGGAAUUAUUAGAAGAUGUUUUAUUUGACAGGGGUGCCUUACAGGAAUACAUUAUAGUUUGCUGUCAAGCACCUGAUGGUGGCCUUAUUGAUAAGCCUGGAAAAUUUCGUGACAUUUAUCACACCUGUUAUACACUCAGUGGACUAUCUGUUGCACAGCACGGUACAGGAAUGGGUGAUGUGUUUGUCAUUGGAACUCAAAGUAACCAAAUAAACAAAGUCCAUCCUCUUCACAAUAUUGCACCACAUAUGGCUUACAAUGCAAUUGAAUAUUUCCUUAGACAACCCAUACCAAAUAUAGAUAUAAAUUAAAAAUGAAUAAUUUGUAAUUUCAAUCAUUAGAAAUUGUAAGGGAUUUUCAAUAUGACUCAAGAUAAUUAGUAAUUUAUUAUUAGAGAACAUUAACCAGUACAAUUAAUAUUAUACAAUUAAAUUAUUCAUAAUCUGAAUCAUUGGUAGAUUUGCAUUUAUAAAUUUAUCCACAUUGUGCUUAUAGGUAUUGCUGUUGGUUUUUUUUUUGUGGCACUCAUUACUAUUGUAGGUUUUGUACAUGAUUUAAAUUAAAAUGAUAAAUUUUUAUAAUAGAUAUGUUAUUUCCAUAUUUCAUUUUGUUCCUAUUUAAACAUUAAUAUAGAUUUUUCAUUAUACAAUAUAA